AAGUGGGAGAGAGACGGCAAAGCGAGAAGAGGGUGACCGCCUGGAGGAUUCAGAAGGAGGAGCGGCGAGCUGAGAGCCUUACGUACCACCAUGCCGACAUUUGGACUCCAUGAAGUACACACUAAACCUCCCAAGCUUCGAGAUUAAUCAUCAUUACAACAAAAAAAGAAGGAGGUUCCGGUGAAGAUCAAGGUACGACGAUGGGGCGCCGUGUGCUUUCGCUUGCUGUGCUCCUCCUGCAGCUUCUCUGCGGCUAUGCUGGCAACCAAAGGACAGCGAGGGCUGCACCCCUGCAGUUCACCCACCCUGUUUACAACACCACCAUAUCCGAGAACUCGGCUGCUAAGACUUACUUGGAGAGUCACACAAAGAUGGGGAUCUACAUCACGGACCCCGCCUGGGAGAUACGGUACAAGAUCAUCUCCGGAGAUAACGAGAACUUAUUCAAAGCGGAGGACUACCAGUUGGGAGAUUUUAGCUUUUUGCGGAUACGGACCAAAGGAGGCAGCACUGCCAUUCUCAACCGCGAGGUUCGAGACCACUACGUGCUGAUGGUGAAAGCGUCGGAGAGGGGCACCAACAUGGAAUGCCGCACCAGAGUGAAGGUGCAGGUGCUCGACACCAAUGACCUGAGGCCCCUCUUCUCGCCGACAUCGUACAGCAUUUCUCUGCCAGAGAACACGGCCAUACGUACCAGCGUGGCCAAGGUCACCGCGACGGACGCUGACAUCGGUACGAACGGGGAGUACUACUACAGUUUCCGGGAGUGGACGGACAUGUUUGCCGUCCAUCCGACCAGCGGCGUGGUCACGCUGACCGGCAAGCUGGACUACUCCGAGACCAAGCUGUAUGAGCUGGAGAUCCUGGCGGUGGACCGGGGCAUGAAACUGUACGGCAGCAGCGGCUUCAGCAGCAUGGCCAAACUCACGGUGCGAGUGGAGCAGGCCAAUGAGAACGCACCUGUAAUCACGGCAGUCACUUUGGCGCCGUCCGACGUGGAUCUUGACCCCACUUACGCCAUUGUGAUGGUGGAGGACAACGACCUGGGACCAAAUGGAGAGAUAGCGUCCCUCAGUAUAGUCGCUGGUGACCCGCUGCAACAGUUCAGGGCUGUGAGAACCAGCCCCGGGAGCAAAGAGUAUAAAAUUAAAGCAGUUAAAGACGUCGACUGGGAAAGCCAGCCUUUUGGAUACAAUCUCACUUUGCAGGCAAAAGACAAAGGCAGCCCACCUCAAUUUUCAUCCGCUAAAUUAGUGCAUGUCACUUCUCCUCAGUUUAAAGUGGGGCCGCCCGUGUUUGAAAUAGAUGUUUACAGAGUCAACCUGAGUGAAUUUGCACCCCUUCAUACACCUGUCGCCAUGGUAACAGCGCUACCAAAGUACCCCCAGCUCAGAUAUGCAUUUAGACACAAAUCAGACAGAUUUGUCAUCAAUCCCAAUACGGGCUUAAUCAGCACGGCGGCGCCGAUCAAUGCGGACUACGCCACCCGGUCUGAGCUGGACGUCAUCACCAGUGACAGACAAGCGGCGACAAAAGUGAUCGUCGACGUGAUUGACGUGAACAACAACGCGCCAGAAUUCCAGCAGACCUCCUACAAGGCCACUGUUGAUGAGAACUCGCCCAUAGGGGCCAGUGUGGUGACUGUCAAAGCCACCGAUCUAGACAGAGGCGAGAAUGGCUACGUCACCUACAGCAUUACCAACAUUAACUCGCAGCCGUUUGUCAUUGACUACUUUUCUGGUGUUGUCAGUACCUCAGAGUUCCUAGAUUAUGAGCUCAUGCCAAGAAUUUACAGCCUCAAAGUCAGAGCCUCUGAUUGGGGAACCCCCUUCAGGAGAGAAGUGGAAGCAUCGGUCACCGUUACGUUAAAUAACCUGAAUGACAAUAAACCUUUGUUUGAGAAUGUGGACUGUGAAGUGACUGUGCCAAGGGACCAUGGUGUGGGUGAGCAGAUCACGACGGUGUCUGCCAUUGAUGCAGAUGAGCUGCAGCUCGUGCGGUACUAUAUUAAAGCCGGCAAUGAUCUGGAUCUCUUUGAUUUGAAUCCAAGCUCUGGUGUGCUUUCACUCAAGCACACGCUGAGUGAAGGCGAGGCAGCUAAAAUGUCCUUUCAUAGUUUACGAAUCGUUGCAACCGACGGCGAACACGAGACUCGACCCAUGUACAUGAACUUGACAGUCAUCACGGCACGCAAGCCUGUGCAGGUGAAAUGCGUGGAAACUGGCGUGGCCACCAUGUUGGCCGAAAAGCUGCUGCAGGGCAGCAAGAUCCACACACAAACGGAGCCUGAUGAUAACUUCAUGGAUAUCCACUCAAUCAACCGGUAUGCUCCCCAAUUUGCAGAAUCCUUCCCCAGUAUUGUUGAAGUCAGAGAGGACCUUCCUGUCGGGGGUCGGGUGGUUCAUUUAGCCGCCGCAGACGCAGACAGCGGCUUCAAUGGGAAGCUUGUGUACGUCAUUUCUGGAGGGGACACAGAGAGCCGCUUCUUAGUGGAAAUGGAAACGGGCUGGCUUUUGGUUUAUUCUCCCCUCGAUAGGGAAACAAAAGACCAUUACACGCUCAAUGUCACGGUCUAUGACCUUGGCAUUCCGCAGAAGUCCUCCUCACGCCUCCUCGAUGUCAAGAUCCUGGAUGCUAACGAUAAUAGCCCUCAGUUUUUGCAAGAGUCCUACUCUGUGGAAAUAACCGAGAACACGCCUGUUGGCACGGAAAUUAUCCAGGUGGAUUCCACAGAUAAGGAUCUGGGGGAGAACGGUGUUGUGAGGUACUCGAUCUUGGGAGGCACGGAUCAUUUUGCAAUCAAUGAAGAGUCUGGGGUUGUGACUGUGACCAAGCCAUUGGAUCGCGAGCUCCAUCCGGUCUAUGUCUUGAAGAUUGCAGCACGUGAUCAGGCGGUGAACGAGCCCCAGCUUGUGUCCACUGUGCCGCUCAAGAUCAUGCUGGAAGACGUAAAUGAUAAUCCCCCUAAAUUUGUCCCUCCUAAUUACCGCAUUAAAGUGAGGGAAGACCUUCCUAUUGGUACUGUUAUAAUGUGGCUAGAGGCCCACGACCCCGACAUCGGAUCAUCCAGUCAGAUACGAUACAGCCUGAUUGAUACCGGGGACGGGAGUUUUGAAGUAGACAAACUGAGUGGCGCCGUGCGGAUCGUGCAGAACCUGGACUACGAGACCAAACAGGUGUACAAUCUGACGGCCAAAGCCAAGGACAAAGGAAAGCCCAUGUCCUUGUCAUCCACUUGCUUCAUUGAGGUGGACGUGGUGGAUGUGAACGAGAACCUCUACAGGCCGUCGUUCCGGUGGUUUGUGGAAAAGGGAUUUAUUAAGGAGGACGCCGUUGUGGGGACUUCGGUAAUGACUGUUGCAGCUGAAGACGAGGACAAAGGCAGAGAUGGAGAGAUCCGAUACUCCAUACGGGACGGAUCCGGCCUGGGGAUAUUCACCAUUGAUGAAGAAACUGGCGUCAUCCGAACUCAAGAGCUGCUGGACCACGAAACCACACCUCACUACUGGCUGACCGUCUACGCCAUGGACCGCGGCGUGGUGCCGCUGUCGGCCUUCGUGGAGGUUUACAUUGAGGUGCAGGAUGUCAACGACAACGCGCCACAAGCCUCCCAGCCCGUCUACUACCCCUCCGUGAUGGAGAACUCCCCCAAGGAUGUGUCCAUCAUCCAGAUAGAGGCGGUGGACCCGGAUGCCAAGGCCAGCGAUAAACUCUCCUACAGGAUCACCAGCGGGAAUCCCCAGGGGUUCUUUGCCAUCAACGCCAGGACAGGUCUGGUGACCACCACAUCCAGGAAGUUGGACAGGGAGCAGCAAGACGAGCACAUUCUCGAGAUCACCAUCAGUGACCACGGCGUCCCCGCCAAAUCCACCACCGUCCGCGUCAUCGUGCGCGUCCUGGACGAGAACGACAACCGUCCGCUCUUCCUGGAGAAGAUCUACAAAAUCAAGCUGCCCGAGCGCGAGCGUCCAGAGAAGGAGCGCUCCGCCAGGCGGGACCCCGUGUACCGGGUCAUCGCGUCCGACCGCGACGAGGGCGCCAACGCCGAGAUCUCGUACAGCAUCGAGGAGGGAGAUGAGCACGGGAAGUUCUUCAUCGAGCCCAAGACGGGCCUGGUGUCGUCUAAGAAGUUCUCAUCAGCGGGGGAGUACGACAUUCUCACGAUCAAAGCCGUGGACAACGGGCGCCCCCAGAAGUCGUCCACGUGUCGCCUUCACAUCGAGUGGAUCCCCAAGCCCGAAGUGCCGGCCGACGCGUCCCCGCUGCUCUUCGAGGAGACACCGUUCUCCUUCUCGGUGAUGGAGAGCGACCCCGUGGCGCAUAUGGUGGGAGUGGUGGCCACCGAGUCGAGCGACGUCCCCGCGUGGUUCGAGAUCACAGGCGGCACAGAGGAUGCUGAGAUGUUUUACAUCCUUCAGAUGGCUUGCGACCACAACUGUACAGCAGAAGGUGGAAAUUACGACAGCCGCUUUGACGUGGGCAAGGCCAGCGGGACCCUGAUCGUGGCGCGGCCUCUGGACGCCGAGCAGAAAUCAAAUUACAACCUGACGGUGGAAGCCACGGAUGGGACGCGGACUGUCAGCACUCAGGUGCUCAUCCGUGUCAUCGACACCAACAACCACCGGCCGCAGUUCUCUCGGGACCGGUACGACGUCAGCGUCCCCGAGGACACCCCCGUGGGCACCGAGGUGCUCCACAUUGACGCCGCCGACCAAGACGAGAAGAACAAGCUGACCUUCACGCUACUGAGCAGCACCGAUCCCUUCAGCCUGAAGAAGUUUAAAUUAGACCCAGGGACUGGGACGCUGUACACCGCCGAGCGACUGGACCACGAGACCAUGCAUCGCCAUAUCCUCACUGUCAUGGUACGAGACCAGGACAUCCCCGUGAAGCGGAACCUGGUCCGCGUCAUUGUCACCGUGGAGGACGCCAACGACAACGCGCCCUGGUUCAUUGGCACGCCCUACUCGGGCCGUGUAUUCGAAUCUGCGGCCGUGGGCUCAGCUGUGCUGCAGGUCAGCGCCCUGGACAAAGACAAGGGUCAGAAUGCUGAGGUCCGCUACAGCAUCGAGUCAGGAAAUACCGCAAACUCCUUCGCCAUCGACCCCGUCCUCGGGACCAUCUCCGUUGCCAAGGAGCUCAACCGUGGUAGCAAGACCCAGUUUGAACUCGCCAUCAAGGCGACAGAUAAAGGAGCGUCCCCGCUGUCGACCACCGCCACCGUUCACAUCCUGGUGACCGUUUCCGACAACGCAGCCCCCAGGUUCACCGAAAAGGACUUCUCCGCUGACAUCAGCGAGUCGGCUAUUCCGGGAAGUUUUGUCAGCUUGGUCACAGCUGUGAGCCAGUCAUCCGUUUUCUACCAGAUCAAAAGCGGCAACCUCAACAACGUGUUCGACAUAAACCCAAACUCUGGUGUGGUCGUGACCCAGAAGGAGCUGGACUAUGAGACCAUGGCUCAAUACAAGCUCAUCGUUCAAGGCACCAACAUGGCCGGGCUUGCCAGCAACGCCACGCUUGUCGUUCACCUGAAGGAUGAAAAUGACAACGCUCCAGCUUUCCUCCAAAAGGAGUUCAAAGGAGUCAUCAGCGAGUCCGCCCCCGUCAACAGCGUCGUCCUGACGCAAGAAAACACCCCUUUUGUCAUCCGUGCCUCUGAUGCUGAUCACGACCACAACGCCAUGCUCAUCUAUCAAAUCGUCGAGCCUUUCGCUCUCAACUAUUUCGCCAUCGACUCGAGUACCGGUGCAGUCAGAAUCACAACCGCUUUGGAUUACGAGCAAAGGAGUGUUUACCGCUUCACCGUCCAGGUCCACGAUCUGGGGAUGCCACGCCUGUUCGCGGAGACGGCGGCUAACGUGACGAUUGAAGUCGUCGACGUUAACGACUGUCCGCCGGUGUUCAGCCAAGACCUGUACGAGGCAAGCAUCGUGGUGCCGACGUACAAAGGCGUGGAAGUUAUCAAAGUGAACGCCACAGACUUGGACUCCGGACCCAACUCCAAACUUCUGUUCUCCAUCUCCGAGGGUAACAUUGGCGAAAAGUUCAAAAUUGAUGCAAACACGGGCGUAAUCUCCAUUCAGAACGUCACCCAGCUGAGGAGCAGAUACGAACUCAAAGUAAGGGUUUCAGAUGGUAGAUUUGCCAGCGUCGCCACAGUCAAGAUCACCUUAAAGGAGAACAAGGAGAGCAAACUGAAGUUCACCAGAGAGUCCUACAAAGCCUCAGUCCUGGAGAACUCAUCAGACAAGAAAACCCUGGAAGUCAUCGCUGCCGUCGGGAACCAGGUGAACGAGCCCUUGUUCUACAAAAUUUUGAAUCCCGACAGGCGAUUUGAAAUUGGCCGAACAUCCGGCGUCGUUUCAACCACUGGGAUAGCGUUUGAUCGUGAAACGCAGGACAUGUUUGACAUUGUUGUUGAGGUCACAAAAGAGGAUGUGUCUGAAGAGGCUGCCCACGUUCUGCUAACUGUGACAGUGGACGAUGUCAAUGACAACAAGCCUGUUUUUGUCAACCUUCCCUACCACGGUCUGGUCCAGAUGGAUGCAGAGGAAGGCCAGGUCAUCCGGCAGGUUACAGCAGUGGACAAGGAUCAGGGUCGCAAUGCGGAAAUCCACUAUGAGCUAAAGGGUCAAGAGGAACACUUCCACAUCAAUCCCUCUGGGGAAAUCUCCAUCAAAAGGACGUUUGAGAAAGAAUCACUUGACACAGACUUUGUCGUCAUCGUCGUGGCGAGGGACAGCGGCGAUCCGGCGCUGUCUGCAGAAGUGGAAAUCCCGAUAAGAGUGGUGAACAAAGCCAUGCCUGUAUUUGAGAAACCUUUUUACAACAUUGAAAUCCCCGAAAACAUUCAGGUGCACACUCCUGUCCUCCAUGUGCAGGCCAGUGAUUCUGAAGGACCUCGCAUCGUUUACACAAUCUCCGAGGGAGAUCCCUUCAAACAGUUCUCUAUUGAUUUCAACACAGGCGUUCUCCACAUUGGCCAACCGUUGGACUUUGAGACGCAUCCCGCCUACAAAUUAAAUGUUAGAGCCACUGACUCGCUGACCGGGGCACACGCAGAGGUUUUUGUAGACGUCAUACUGGAGGACAUAAACGAUAACGCCCCAGUGUUUUUGUCAAAGUCCUAUUACGCAAACAUUUCCGAGGCUUCUGUCAUCGGUACAUCAGUCCUGCGAGUGGAUGCCAAAGACAUAGACACUGGAAAUAAUCGAGAAAUAUUCUUUCAGUUGGUAGAAGAAAACGGAAAGAGCUCGGAUUAUUUCACUAUUGACCGUCAAACUGGAGUCAUCUCCACAGCCCUAGUACUCGAUCACGAGGAGUUCCAACAACACCGUUUUAGGGUCCGUGCCACAGACGGAGGAGUUCCCGCCCUCUCUAGUGAUGUUAUCGUAACAGUCGAUGUCACAGACCUAAACGACAACGCGCCGAUGUUCACAGAGCCCACGUACAAGGCCACCAUCAGCGAGUUAGCCUCACGUGGACACUUCAUUACCCAAGUCCAGGCCUCAGAUGCUGACAGCUCUGACGCUAAUAAGCUGGAGUUCGCCAUCAUCUCCGGGAACGACGAUCAGAAUUUUGUCAUUGAGAAGCAGACGGGCGCCAUCAUCAUUUCCAACCACCGCAGGCCGCACAUGCAGCCGCUGUACAAUCUCAACGUGUCUGUGUCGGAUGGCGUUUUUAGAAGCUCUGCCCUUGUUGUGGUCACCGUCACUGGUGCCAACUUCCACAACCCCACCUUCUCUCAGGUGGAAUAUGCAGUGGAGCUUGUGGAAAACUCACCUGCGGGCACCUUGGUGGCGGAGGCUAAAGCGACAGAUGACGACGAAGGCAUUUACGGGCAAAUAACGUAUCACAUUGUCAAUGACGUAGCCAAGGACAAGUUUUCUGUUAGUGAAAACGGAGAGGUGUUCACCUUGGAGAGCCUCGACCGUGAGAACUCCAUAGAGAAAGUCAUUCCCAUAUCUCUCAUGGCUAAAGACGGCGGCGGAAAACUGGGCUUUUGCACUGUCAAUGUCGUUCUGACGGACGUUAAUGACAACACCCCGCAGUUUAGGGCCGCAGAGUACAAAGUCACCAUCGCGUCAGAUGUCCCAAGGGGAACAUCGGUGGUUCAGAUCGCUGCCUCGGACAUGGACGAGGGAAGCAACGCUGACAUAGAGUACUCCAUUGAAGCAGAUGUGGAAAACGUGGCGGAAAACUUUGAAAUCCAUCAAACCUCAGGGGUGAUAGUGACAAAAGAGAGUCUCAUUGGACUUGAAGGUGAGCUCUAUGCAUUCUUUGUCAGGGCCAAGGACACAGGGAAUCCACCCAAGCAUUCAGUUGUCCAGGUUUACAUACGUAUUAUAACGCCCGAGACGCCAAUUCCCAAGUUUGCCGAACCUCAUUACCGCUACACCAUCGCUGAAGACCUUCCCAUCGGCACAGAGAUUGAUGUGCUGCAGGCGGAGAGCGAGCAGCUGCUUUUGUACAGCCUCGUGAACGGCAACACACCAGAGAGCAACGAGAAUGAGGUGUUUGUUGUUGAUCGAGACACCGGGGCCUUGAAGCUUCAGAAAAGCCUCGACCAUGAGACGACUAAAUGGUACCAGCUCACCUUGCGAGCGCAAACCAAACACGAGAGCUACGAAAUUGCCGCAUCUGUCAACGUAAACAUCCAAGUGAAAGAUCUUAACGACAACAAGCCUGUCUUUGAGUCCGACCCUUAUGAGGCAGUCGUGGUGGAAAACCUCCCGGGUGGGGCGCAGGUUAUCCAAGUCAAAGCCACCGACCUGGACUCCGGCACCAACGGCCACGUGCUCUACAGCCUAGACCCCAACCAGGACUCCCAGGACAUCUCUGAGCUUUUUGCCGUCAACAGCGAAACCGGCUGGUUGACCACCUUGAAAGAGCUGGACCGUGAAACGCUCAGCAAGUACACCGUAGUCGUCCUCGCCACAGACCAAGGCGAUAAAGUCCAGCAUGUGACCGACACCAGAGUGGAAGUAACGGUUGACGACGUCAACGACAACCCGCCUCGUUUCACUGCGGAGGUCUACAAGGGCACGGUCAGCGAGGACGACCCUCCUCCCAGCGGGGUGAUCGCGAUCCUCAGCACCACUGAUGAUGACUCCGAGGACAUCAACAAACAAGUCAGCUACUUCAUUACAGCAGGGGACCCGCUUGGACAGUUUGCCAUCGAGCACGUCCAGAAUGAAUGGAAGGUGUCUGUCAGAAAGCCCUUGGACCGGGAGACCAAGGACAAUUACCUCCUGAACAUCACCGCCAGCGACGGCAUCUUCACUGCCAAGGCGGUGGUGGAGGUGAAGGUGCUGGACGCCAACGACAACAGUCCCGUGUGCGACAAGCCCCUGUACAGCGAGAGCGUCCCCGAGGACUCCCCAGCCAGCCGACUCAUCUUGCAAGUCUCGGCCACAGACGCCGACAUCCGCUCAAACGCUCAAAUAUUCUACGAGCUGCAGGGAGCGGGAUCCGAACUCUUCUUCAUCGACUCCGACACAGGCGAGUUGAAGACCUUGAAGCCGCUGGACCGCGAGGAGCAGGAGGAGCACAGGUUCAAAGUGCGGGCGGUGGACGGCGGCGGGCGCUACUGCGAGGCCGACGUCCACAUCGCCGUGCGGGACGUCAACGACAACGCUCCGGAGUUCUCGACCGACCCGCACGCCUUCAGCGUCUUUGAGAACACGGAGCCGGGGACGCUGGUGGCCAGACUGCAGGCCAGCGACGCAGACAGCGGCGUCAACAGCGACAUUGUCUACUCAUUGGUCGAUUCCGCCGAUGGCUUCUUCUCCAUGGACGAGCUGACGGGGAUCAUAAGCCUGGAGCGCCCUCUGGACCGCGAGGUGCAGUCCGUGUACCAGCUGAAGGCCCGCGCCAGCGACCAGGGCUCGCCCCGCCUCUCCUCGCUGUGCCACGUGGUCAUCUCCGUCCUGGACAUCAACGACAACCCGCCCGUCUUCGAACAUCGGGAGUACACGGCCACCGUGUCCGAGGACGUGGCUGUGGGCGCCCAAGUCCUCAGGGUGCAGGCGGCCAGCCGUGACAUCGAGGCUAACGGGGAGAUCACCUACAGCAUCAUCAGCGGCAACGAGCACGGCAUGUUCAGUGUGGAUCCGCGAACGGGCGACGUCUUCGUGAUCGAGCGGCUGGACUACGAGGUCUCCCACGAGUACUACAUCACCAUCGAGGCCACGGACGGCGGCUCCCCGCCUCUCAGCGACAUGGCCACCGUCAACGUCAACCUGACGGACGUCAACGACAACAGACCCGUCUUUAGCCAGGACGUCUACACGGCCGUCGUCGGCGAGGACGCCGAGCCGGGCAGGACUGUGUUGACGGUGUUGGCGGAGGACGCUGACGGGCCGUCGUACGCCCACGUGCGCUACACCAUCGUGGACGGCAACAGCGGCAGCACCUUCAUCAUGGACCCGCUGCGGGGCGAGUUGAAAGUGGGCCGGCAGUUGGACAGAGAGCAGACCUCGGGGUACACGCUGACGGUGCUGGCCUCCGACAACGGGACGCCGCCUCUCUCCAGCAGCGCCAUCGUCAACGUCGACAUCUCUGACGUCAACGACAACCCGCCCCUCUUCUCCCAGGCCAACUACAGCAUCAUCAUCCAGGAGAACCAGGCCAAAGGCACCAGCGUCCUCCGGCUCCUCGUCUCCGACCGGGACGCAUCCCACAACGGGCCGCCGUUCACCUUCUCCAUUGCGGAUGGCAACGCGGGCGAGGCUUUCCGCAUCGACCAGCAGGGGGCUCUGCUGUCGGUGGGGGCGCUGAGUAAGAAAGUGAAAGAACACUACCUGCUGAGAGCGCUGGUGUCAGACAGCGGCAAGCCUCCACUCUUUUCCACCGCUUUCAUCAGCGUCCGCAUCAUCGAGGAGAGCGUCUACCCUCCCGCUAUCCUCCCCCUGGAUGUCUUCGUCUCCACAGCGGGAGACGAGUACGCAGGCGGCGUGCUGGGUAAGAUCCACGCCACCGACCAGGACGUGUACGACACGCUGACCUACAGCCUGGCUCCCACGUCCUCCUCCGGCGAGGCUUUGUUCUCCAUUUCCGCCUCCGACGGCAAAAUCAUCGCCCUGCGGCCCCUGGACGUGGGCCACUACCCGCUCAACGUGACGGUGACCGAUAGCCGCUUCACCGCCGCCGCCGACGUCAACGUGCACGUCCGCCAGGUGGUCCGCCAGGCGCUGGACAACUCCAUCGCCGUGCGUUUCGCCAGCAUCGCCCCCGAGGAGUUCAUCGGCGACUACUGGCGCAACUUCCAGAGGGCGCUGAGGAACAUCGCCGGGGUGAGGAGGAGCGAGGUCCAGUUGGUGAGCCUUCAACCGUCCGAGCAAGGAGAUCUGGACGUCCUGCUGGCUCUGGAAAGAUCCGGAAGUCCUUAUCAGUCUCAGGAGGUGGUCUUCCGUAAGCUGAACUCCUCGGCGGCUGUCAUCGAGGAGAUGACGGGGGUCCGCAUAGUGCGUGUGGUCCAGAAGCUGUGCGCCGGCUUGGACUGCCCGCUGCGCUUCUGCGACGAGGUGGUCUCGCUGGACAAGACGUUGAUGUCCACCUACAGCACGGCUCGCCUCAGCUUCGUCACGCCGCGGCACCACAGGGACGCCAGCUGCCAGUGUGAAGGUGGCAGGUGUCCUGUCCUGAACAACGUGUGUGACAACAACCCCUGUCCAGAGGGGAUGGACUGUCUGGUGGGCCCUCACAGAGACGCCGUCCACACGUGUGUGUGUCCUGAUGGCAAAAAGACCAAAUGUUCUGAUGGCCACUCGCUGACGUUCAGCGGCAGCGGCUACGUGAAGUACCACCUGAUGGAGAACGACAACAAGGAGCUGAUGAAGCUGUCGCUGAGGCUGCGCACCUUCUCCAGCCACGCCACCGUCAUGUUCGCCAAGGGCACCGACUACAGCAUCCUGGAGAUCGUCAAUGGCCGCCUGCAGUACAAGUUUGACUGCGGCAGCGGGCCCGGCCUGGUGUCGGUCCACAGCGCUCAGGUGAACGACGGCGAGUGGCACACGGUCUCCCUGGAGGUGGACGGUAACUACGCCAAGCUGGUGCUGGACCGCGUGCACGCAGCCUCGGGCACGGCGCCGGGUACCCUGCGCACGCUCAACCUGGACAACAGUGUCUACUUCGGGGGCCACAUCCGCCAGCACGCUGCCGCCCGCCACGGACGCAACCUGCCCGUCACCAACGGUUUCCGCGGCUGCAUGGAGGCCAUCGCCCUCAACGGCCAGGAGCUGCCCCUCAACACCAAGGCACGGCGGGCCCACGCCGUGAUGGAGGACAUCGAGGAUGUGGCGCCGGGAUGCGCGCUGGCCCCUGCUGAGAGCUGCUCCAGCAGCCCGUGCACCAAUGGGGGGUUGUGCACCCGCAGACCUAAUGGAGGCUACUUCUGCAAAUGUCCCGCCUCCUUCAUGGGCGCCCACUGCGAGGUGGCCAUCAGUCCCUGCACCUCCAACCCUUGCCUGUACGGCGGAACCUGCGUCCCUCGGGGCGACGACUUCUACUGCCAGUGCAGAGGACAGUACUCGGGACAAAGGUGCCAGCUGGGGCCGUAUUGCACAGACAACCCGUGCAAAAACAGCGGCAAGUGUAUCGACAGUCUGGAUGGUCCGGUGUGCGAAUGUGAAGCUGGUUUCCAAGGAGACAGGUGCCUGAGCGAUGUGGACGAGUGCGUGAAGAACCCGUGCGCCAACGGAGGCCGUUGCCAGAACACGUACGGCUCGUUCAAGUGCAACUGCUCGCUGGGCUUCAGCGGCCCAGCGUGCGAGCUGCGCGCCGAGAUCCGCAACGAGUUGGUCUCCACUUCCUGGAACAUCGGCCUGGAGGAGGUGGUCGGCAUCGUCAUCUUCGUGUCCAGCAUCUUCAUCCUGGUGCUCUUCUUCAUCAUCAUCCGCAAGAGGGCGUGCCGGGGCAAGUCCAAGGCGGACGACGACGACGACAAGCGGCCCGGGAGCUCCAACUUGCCUCACUCCUUCCUGCAGAGACCGUACUUUGACGCCAAGUUCAACAAGAACGUCUACUCGGACAUCCCGCCUCAGGUGCCCGUGCGGCCCAUCUCGUACACGCCCAGCAUUCCCAGCGACUCCCGCAACAACUUGGACCGGAACUCCUUCGAGGGCUCGGCCAUACCGGAGCACCCGGAGUUCACCACCUUCAACCCGGACUCGGUGCACGGACACCGCAAGACCGUGGCGGUGUGCAGCGUGGCGCCCAACCUGCCGCCUCCGCCGCCGUCCAACUCCGUGUCCGACAGCGAUUCCAUCCAGAAACCCAACUGGGAUUACGACUAUGACGCUAAGGUGGUGGACCUGGACUGCGUGACGAAGAAGCCGGUGGAGGAGAUGGCGAGUCACCCGUACAACACCCGGGGCAGCAUGUCCGAGGUCCAGUCGCUCAGCUCCUUCCAGUCCGAGUCCUGCGACGACAACGCCUCCAUAGUGACUGUCGUCCACUUUGCCACCAUAGUUGGCACGGUGGAAGGAGAAGAGUCUUUUUUGGCUCAUGAUCUCAAGAACCCAAGAGGCUACCACUGGGACACGUCUGAUUGGAUGCCAAGUGUCCAGCUGCCCGGCAUCAAGGAGUUCCCGCAGUACGAGGUGGUGGAGUCGCCGCCCGCCACUUUGUACAGCGACCCCAGCGCCAUCGACACCGACUACUACCCGGGCGGCUACGACAUCGAGAGCGACUUCCCGCCGCCACCGGAGGACUUCCCUUCCGGCGACGACCUGCCGCCGCCCCCUCCGCCCGAGUACGGCGACACGCUGCGGCCGUCCGCCGAAGGGGUCCGCCCGCGCCCCGCCCUGCCUCAGCUGUACACCCUCAACCAGUACCUGCCGCAGCACUCGUACCCGAGCGACGCAGCCAACGCCGAGGCUCAGAGCGCCGCCUCCGGCCCCGCCUCGUCCACCAUGGCCACCGCCGGCUACCGGGGAGGCUUCCCGUUGGGUUGCGGCCGGGACUUUGAGUCCUGCGCCCUGGACGAGCUGUCGGUGUCGCUGUACGCGUCCACCGCCUCCUGCUCGGACAUGUCGGCGUGCUGCGAGGAGUCGGAGGCCAUCAUCAGCGACUACGAGAGCGGCGACGACGGCCAUUUUGAGCGGCUGUCCAUCCCGGCGCUGGGCUCCCAGCAGCACACUGAAGUCUGACACUGGAUCCAAACGCAAAGUGCCUGAAGCCGCCUGAACGCAUCCUCCUUUCGUCUUAGCCCCGCCCACACCAUCCCACACACACGCACGGGAGUCCAACGCCGACUGGGAGGGGAAGGAGCCGGCGGUCACCACACAGGAAGUGGACGACACCUUUUUCUACAUUUUCAGUGUAAAUGUCAAUGUACAGUUUUGAUUUGGAAGUUAGCUUUUGUAGAUAUUCUUUUAUUUUGUGUGACAUCACCCGCCUUACUGUGCAAAUACAUGAAAAACACAAAAAAACAGAGAAAAUGUUGAAAAAAAUCAAUAAAAGACUCUUUGGUCUCUUGCGCAUUUAACAAAAAAAAGGGUCUUCAGUGAACGACUGCAUUCUUGUUUUCUUUCAAUUGUUUGUACAUUUUGGCUUCUUUGUUUUUCCACCAAGAAAAUGGGACCCGAUGAUGAUGAUGAUGAUGAUGAUGAUGAUGAUGAUGAUAUUUAUAGUCGUCAUGGAUACGGAGAUGUUCUCAUGUGUCCGUGUUUGUUCGUUUGUGUCUUGUUGAGGUUUUUAUUGAAUACUGCCGCAAGCUCACGCUUUCCUACUGGCAAUAAAUUAUUCCUAAAAAAAUGACAGAUUCUCUGUGU